AUGGCUGGUAAAGGCCGAGGCCGAGGUCGCGGUCGUGGCCGUGGACGCGGUCGUGGCCGUGGACGCGGCCGUGCUGGAGCAGUAAGGGCUGCACGAUCGCCGUCGCAUGCGAUAUCGUCGUCUUCCGAGGGGGAGUGGGAGUUCGAGUUCAUCGUCAUCCUCAAUGGCGACCCACUCGGCAUCCACAUGCUGCCAGACAAGUUCACUGAGUUCGUCGCCGGCAACGAGCCGGCCGCGCUGGCUGCGGGGAAGUUUGUGUGCUUCCAUGACCUCCAGGCCGGCUGCGUCCUCACAUUCUCAUACCAAGGCGACGAGGAGAUAAGCGUGAAGGUGUUCGACGAAACGUCCUGCCAUCGGCACUACCACGGCGAUGCUGAAGAGGAGGACGAUUGA